AUGCUGGCAAGACGGAUAAUAUGUCAAUCCUUUUCUAAAUUUACUCUACGUUCUCUUCUUCCUCUUAUUCGUAAGUUUCGUUAUGUUAUUGUUGAUUUAGUGUUUAGAACAAAGAAAUGUCCGUUUCAAAGCAUCCGGCGAUCAUAAUGGAUCCAAAACGAAUGGAAAAGAGCACGAGAAUGUAAAGGAUAAUGAAAAGAAAUCAAAAGAUGAACAAAAAACAUCUGAAGAAGAAGAAAAGAUCAAGGAAAAAAUGAAGAUACCACCUGAAAUGAGUAUGUAAACGUAUAUUAUAUAAAGGAUCUGUUUCACAGAGCUUGAGCUUAAUUGCGUUUCAUUUCACAAAACAUGUUGAUAAGUUGAUUUUAACGUAGAUUUAACUGUUUGUCGAAGGACGAUUUUAUUGAUAACAACACUUUAGUACGCAAGAUUCGGAUCCUGGGCUUUGUUUCUUUCAUGGGAUCUGCAGUGCUAACCUAUUUCAUGUUUCAAAAUGCGUCUGAUGUUACGCGUGGUCUAGGAGAUCCUAUAUCUUUUGAGGAAUUUGUCGAAAAGUUUAUUAAGACUGGAGAAGUAAGUAAAACAAGAUUGAAGGUUAAGCUAGGAAUGUUAACUUUACUAUUGAUUUCGUGUCAAGAAUUGUAAAGUUAUUAAAACAAUUUUUUCUGAUUAAAAACUUAAAAACAGUGAAUUUGAAAUUGCAUUUCAGGUUCGCUACAUCUUGUACAACAAGUCUUCAAAUGUUGCACUAGCUAACCUUCAUGAUGGAGCUAUAAUUGAUGGUAAACCUGUAAGUUUUAGACUAUUAAAUUUAAAUUCUUAGGUUUUUUUGAAAAUAUGUAGACUAACAGAAAAAACUUUUAUCAUAAGUUAAUUUAAAGACGUCAACUUUGUUUCCUAAAUUUAAGUUAUUGAUACUGGAAGGGAUGUCAACUAGGAAGAUCAUCGAACUUAUAUUAUUUUUCUAAAAUUUAGUGGCCAGGUCACCAAGUUCUUGUGAAGUACGUGGACAACAGUGGAGAGCCAAACAAGUUUGAAGCCGACGUCAGGAGAGUCGAAGACUCCCUUGGAGUUAGACCUCAAGAUAGAAUGACAGUCUCUAUAGUGGAAGGGAUGUCAACUAGGAAGAUCAUCGAACUUCUCAUCGCUUUCGCAAUAAUGUUCUUCUUGUUCGGUCAAUAUGGAAAACUGAUUAGAAACAGACUUGCCCAAAACACUAAGCAAAAGUGA